AUGGGGAAGCGCCGCAAGCUGUCGCAGAAAGGCCCAGCGAAUGCGCCCAAGAGCGGAAGUGGGAAACCGCAGCACAAGAACGCACCGGGCCAGAAGCACCAUACCACAGGAGGCUCCAAGGCUACGCCGAAGCCUGCAAAGCCCGCCCACAAGCAACAGCAGCAUGAAGAGCCGACAAUUCCCUUUGCGCCCGAGGACAAGAUUCUUCUAGUCGGCGAUGGCGACCUCAGCUUUGCCGCUUCCUUGGUCGAGCACCACUAUUGCGCCGACGUGACCGCUACCGUACUCGAGAAGGACGUCGAGGAGUUGCGAGAAAAGUACCCUCAUGUGGAGGAGAACAUUGCCAAAAUCGAGGCAGAGGACAGCAGAGUUUGGUACAACGUCGAUGCUACCAAGAUGGGACCCUACACGGACAAGAAGGGCAAGGACGGAGUGGGCAUCAUGGACAGAAUCAUCUUCAACUUUCCCCACGUGGGAGGCAAGAGUACCGACGUUAACCGCCAGGUGCGCUACAAUCAGGAAAUGUUGGUCUCCUUCUUCCAGCGAGCCACCUUGUCCUUGGCACCAGAGGGAACCAUUAUUGUGACACUAUUCGAGGGCGAACCGUACACGCUUUGGAACAUUCGAGAUCUAGGCCGACAUUCUGGUCUUCAAGUUGUGCGGAGCUUCAAGUUCCAGGCUAGCGCAUAUCCUGGCUACCACCACGCAAGAACCUUGGGUGUUGUGAGGAACAAGGAUGGCGAGAUUGGUGGCGGCUGGAAGGGAGAAGAGCGCCCAUCGAGGAGCUAUGUCUUUGUUCGAAAGGAUGAAGUACCCAAACCGACCGCUCACAAGACCAAGAAACGAGUUAGAGAUGGUGAUGGCGACUCCUCAGACGACGACUAG